CCCGACUUGGACGCUUACAGCUGCUUACGGCCGACCCCCCGUCCAUCAUGGCGCAGGAGAAGGGGGAGGUGAAAGCUCAUCCUUUCUUGUUCGAGGAUUCCUUUCAGGUGAAGAGCCAGGAGCUCAGUGGGAUCGUUCCACCCGGGCGUUGGAGGUCGAAACUUGGGAUUCGUCGAUGUUGCCUCUUGCCCACCGGCUAUUUUUCUUGGAACUCCUUUUUGAACCAGAUUUUUAUUUGUAGUUUUAUGUUCUUUGUUGGCCCGCUCUUUUGAAUGCGAACAGCCACAGGGGCGAAGGCCACUGAGUGGAUCUGAGUCAAUCACCCUCGAUCUAUUGGAUCGAUAUCCUUCCACAGAAAGUGAAGGUCCAAUUUAGCAGAUGCCUUGUUGCUGGCGAACACGUUAGGCAAAGUGUCGGGCCCCCCCAAACCUGGCCCUGUGGGCCAAAACUGAGCGGAUCGUUGGGAAGAAAGUGCGACUUCUUGGAAGUAUACAAGUCUAUUUUUGGCAUCCGUUUUCUUUCUACCAAUUUUUCACAUUGGAUGUGGCUUCAAACAUGUCCUUCCUAUACAAGGUUCCUCGCUGGGUUGGGAUGGUACUCUGGUACUCGAUCUCCUUCGACCUUUCAGCCGACUCCACGGUCGCCAGCUGUGGACAACAGUCGCUUCGAGCGUGCGGGGCGCAUGGACUGCGAGUCCACGACCUUCGCAGAGAACAACUUGGAGAUCGCCGCUGUGCUGUGAGAUUGACCGAGUGGCUGAAGCGGACGGUGGAAAGGGGGAAAUGGGGUGAAGUCAGAGAGGCAGUGGAUGAUGGAGGGAUUUGGGCGCAUUUGGACUUCUCCUUUAUCUCCUUUUUGGGCCUCUGAGCCUUUUUGGCAGAGCAAAAAGAGACAUCAUGAAGCCUUCUGUCUCGGGCUCGCAUCUGAGGACAUCAACAACAUCAUCUACCCUGUGACGCCAGGGGAGCAGAUCUAUGUGGCCAUCACCAACAACGUGAGCUCAGCGGAUGAACCCCGAUCGCUCACGACAGCCUACGACCAUGAUGAGCGGCUUCUAGGGCCCUCAGUGAUGGACCAGUUCGACUACGUGAUGUUUGGAAAGGUCUACAAGAAAGAGGUCAAAAAGGAAGACAACUUGGCCGUGGUGUGGGCCUCUUACGGUGGACUGCUCAUGAAGCUCAGAGCACAAGCGCCGCAAUUGAAUGAGUUCCACCUGAAUGACAACAUCUACUUCAUGAUGCGAAAGGCCCAGGCUGACGAGCAAGAUGGCUGAGACAUGCCUGGACGCCUGGAAGCGAGAAAGAGGAAAAAGAGGUGGCCCGUUUUGGUGUGGAAGAGCCUGCACUGUUUGCGCACGUCCGGAGUUUUGUGCAGGGUCGCGGGAGAGAGCCAAGGCUGAAGAUGCUUCAUUUGUUCAGGACAUCAUCUCGAUGCCAAGAAUACAAAACAACAAUAGCAUCCCUGC